GAAAAGAACAUUUAGUUGAAAAUUGUCCGUUCUACCGAGCAAUUGUACACGUGCAGUGAAUUUUUGUUUCAGUUUUUACUAUAAUUUUACAUUUAUUUUUUUAAAAAUUUGCCGAGAAGAUCGGGAAAAUACCCAGUCAAAAUUAUGUAGACCUAAAAAACGAGUACCUCCCCAUAAACGAAAGAAGGAGGAUAUAAUAGCAAACAGCGCAUCAGCGAAAAAAAUUAAGAUGAGCACGUCUCUGGACGUGGCAGAAGAUUUCGAAAAACAUUAUCGUAUCGUCGAUUUUAUGCUGGUUUUUUCGACAAUUUCAACUUUAGUGAAGUGUGUGAAGUGUGAUGGAACAAUUAAUUUUCAAUCCUGCAAAAAAGAAGGCCUUGGAUUCAAUAUUAAAGUUUCAUGUGAAAAAUGUAAACAGCCUCGAUUUAUUCCGUCUUCAGAAAGGAUUCAAUCAGGUCCUUAUGAAAUAAACUAUCGGUUUUGUUUUGUGAUGCGAAUGUUAGGUUUGGGAUUAGCUGGCUGUGAAAAGUUUUGUGGCCUUAUGGAUUUAGCAAGCUCAUUUUUAUCAAAAGCAACGUACAGCUCAUAUGUAAAAAAAAUGUCCUACGUUAUAGCAGAUGUGACUAGUAAAUUUCUUGUUUCGGCUGUACAAGAAGAGAAGAAAGCAACGUCUGAAGCGAAUAAUAUCGAGGAUACAGAUGAGUUAACUGUAUCAGGUGAUGGAACCUGGCAAAAACGAGGGUUCUCUUCAUUAUAUGGCGUGGCUUCCUUGAUCGGGCAUUACACCGGAAAAGUCCUGGACAUUUUCGUUAAAAGUUCUUACUGUCAGAAUUGUACAACUUGGGAAAAUAAAUUAGAUUCUGCAGAGUUUGAAGAAUGGUAUGAAUCCCAUGUAAAUGAAGGAAAAUACCAUGCUAACCAUACUGGACCCGCUGGAAAUAUGGAAGUUGACGCAAUAAAAACUAUGUUUCAACGUUCAAUGAAUAAUGGAGUGAAAUAUCGCAAUUACAUCGGUGAUGGUGACUCAAAAACCUACACUGGUGUCCUAAAUUCGCCGCCUUAUGGUGAUGAUUUUAUAAUCAAUAAAAAAGAAUGUGUAGGACACGUUCAAAAACGAAUGGGUAAACGUUUGCGAGAUUUGGUGAAAAAUAAUGUCGAAGAAAAGAAAACAACAACGGGAAAAAUUAUAAAAAGAAAAAGUUUAGGUGGUAAAGGUAACCUUACCGGCAAAAUGAUCGACAAAUUGACUGUCUAUUAUGGUCUGGCAAUUCGACGAAACCAUGAUUCUGUGGAGAAAAUGAGAGAUGCCAUAUGGGCAACUUAUUACCAUUACAGCUCGACAGAUAAAAAUCCACAGCAUCAAAAAUGUCCGAGCGGCGUAGACUCAUGGUGUGAAUGGCAAAAAGCUGCAGCUGAAAAAAAUCUGGAUUCAUUCAAACAUAGCUACGAGGCACUUCCAGAUAAUGUAUUACAAGCCAUGAAGCCUAUUUAUGAGGACUUCAGUAAGGACGCACUUCUGGAGCGAUGUGUUGGAGGCUUUACUCAAAACAACAAUGAGAGUCUCAACCAACUCAUUUGGAAAAUUUGUCCGAAAAUUGUCAAUGGCUCUUCAAGUAUUGUUGAAAUUGCUGCAAAUGUAUCAGCCUGUACUUUUAAUGAAGGCUCUUUUACUUUGCUGGCAUUUUUGCAAAAGAUGGGAGUCAAAACAGGGACAAGUUCUCAUGAAUGGGUGCAGAGAAUCGAGCGGAGCUAGAAGCUGAACAAGUAACCAAGGAAGCAAGAAUUCAACGUCGACAAGAACAAAAGGAUGCUCUAGACAUCCUGAGUGAAAGCCCUUUGCUUUAUGGAGCUGGCAUCGAUGAUUCAAUGACACAUCGCGGCCUACAUUAGACCUAUACACCUCAGAUUCGCUGCAAGAUAUGCUCGAUAUUGAUAUACGCAGCGAGAUUUCGAAUGUAGUUGGCGUUAGCAGUGAACUCGCUUCUUUGGUCAACGAUCUGCCGUCCUCUUUUGAAAAUGCCAUCGAUGCAAUUUCUUCCACACACUAUAGUAAUAAUAAUGGUAGUAGUCUGACUUCUGGUGCGAUAUCGUCCUCAGGCACAACCUUUUCUUCUUGGCUAGGUAAUAGCUCCGGACCAUCGUGGUCGUGCUCGAACGACUAUUACGUUGAUGUAGGCGCUUGUGUGGAUCCCAUUUCGGUUAUGCCGUUGAUAUCCUCAUCAUUGCUGCAUAGGUCACCGAAAAUAAAUUUAAAUGCGAAUAGUCUACAGAGUUCCGUAUAUUCGACGCCACCGCCCGCCUCACCUAACGUUAACGAAACCAAAUCACAUUUAACAUUCUCUCCUGCCCAAUUAAAAGUAAGCGCCGGUGCGAUGCGUAAUGAGCAGCUUUAUUCACAUAUACCAAAGCAGAUUGUGACGAUUUCAUCAACGGUGACAGCAGGCACAACAGCGCCGGCCACAUUGGCGACGAACUCGAUACUGCAGCGCAAGGGCUCGACUGCCGUAGAGACGAUCAAGAAGGAUUUGUGUGUAGAGUUGCGGAAAGUUACUGCGAGUUAUGAGGAGACCAGAGUCAGUGUUACAAGUAAUAAUGGUGGAGGAAAUGCUAGCAAUAAUUCCAAUGGGAAUGGGCUGGCGAACAAUGUUAGCAGUGGGAAUAGCAACGUCAGCAGUAGUUUGCUUAAUUCGAAUGGCAUGGUGAAUAGCACGACAACGAAUACCAUCAAGCUGGCGCCUGGCAUUGGUGGUCUAACAUUUGCCAAUAGCAUCGCUUAUAACAAACUGAAACAACAGGCUGCUGCGAAAUCUGCGCAUAGCGGGCAAGUAGUUACAACAAACGGCACGAUUAUGCUUAAGAGAGAACGUGACUCCAGUCCGUUGCAAAAUAUAAGUGUUGUGAAUGCCAACGGUAGCUUAGUUGGCGGCGGCCAACAUGUUACAAAGUUGGUGGGACGAAAUGUGCAAAAUUCUAGUUUUACGCCAAAGAGCAUAGCAUCUGUACAUUCACCGCUCAUGCAGAAUGGCAGCAAUUCAGUCGGUUCGCCAUCAUCGUCUUCAUCCUCUUCGCACUCCUCACCAUCGACUAGUUCGACUAGUGGCAGCUUUACUGCCGGCCUCAUACCAAUAAGUCUCAACAAUGGGCCAGCCAUCACAACGCCAUCCUCUGCUAGCACCACAACUAUCACAACAAUUUCUGUAAAGCCUCUACAACAGCGAAUUAAGAUUGCCCCAGUGGAGUCUGAGUUUCCAAAGCCAGCAUACUCCUAUUCCUGCCUUAUAGCCAUGGCGUUAAAGAAUUCACGUAGCGGCUCACUGCCAGUAUCGGAGAUAUAUAGCUUUAUGUGUGAACAUUUCCCGUACUUCCGAACAGCGCCGAGCGGCUGGAAGAAUAGUGUGCGCCAUAACCUCUCGUUGAAUAAAUGCUUCGAAAAGAUUGAAAAACCCGCGACAAAUGGCAAUCAGCGAAAGGGUUGCCUUUGGGCUAUGAAUCCAGAACGUAUUGUAAAGAUGGAGGAAGAGGUACAAAAAUGGUCGCGUAAAGAUCCGAUGGGUAUUCGAAAUGCUAUGGUAAAUCCAGAUCAUCUAGAUGCGUUGGAGCGAGGCGAAAUGAAGCAUGGUAGCUCAGGUGACUCAGAUAUCGAAUUGGAUAGUCAAUCAGAAAUAGAAGAGACCUCCGAUUUGGAGGAGCAAGAAUUGGACGAUACCAUUGUCGACAAUAUGUUCGUGGAGGAGGACAUUGAAGAGGAUGAAAUGUUAAGUAGUGGCAUUGUGAUGAAUAGCUCAGAUGCCUUGAGUGAGGCGGGAGAUGUGAAUGGCUGUGGUGCUGGCGAGAGUGUUGUUGGCAUGCAACAACAUCGAGACUUUGAUAUAGAGGUGAGUUUGGAGACACACAAAAUUGAAAGAGUGGAGAAGGUGGCGCAAAGAGUGCUUGAGCGUGAGCAGAAGGUCGAGGAUAUUUACGAUGCAAUCGAUAUUGAAGACGAUCAAACUCAUUUGUCCAUUAAUCAAUCUGAUAUAAUUGAACUAAGUCCUGCCGAUUUGAAUGUAGCUGCGCAAUCGCCGAAGCGUGCGCGCCUCAAUAUAAAUUAUUCGUUAGGACCUGCAGGAGAGUUAGAAAAACAAAUACAACAGCAAAAAAUCCAACAACAACAGCAGCAGCUCCAUCAACAGCAACAACAUCAAACACAACAGCAACAGCAGCAGCAGCAACACUUUCAACAACAAAAACAGCAACAAAAGCCAAAUCAACAGCAGCAACAACAACAACAUAGUAUAAAACAAUAUAAAGUGCAACCACAACAUAUUGUUGUCCAAACUAUAACGAAUGGCAGUAACACAACAUCAAUUCAGACGAUCAAUGCGGCAACAGGUACCAGAAUUGGCAGUGUAAGUGGUGCGAUCUCCACAUUGGGGGUAUCACAGAUCAAUGGCACCUUGGCAAAUAAUCGCCGCAAAAUACAAUUAGUCAAUCGUAUUGUUUAAAUGUUUAAUUAACAAACGAAAUCACACAAAGAGCCACUCAGGCAUUUGUUCCUAAAGAACAGGUCUUAGGUAGGAAGAAGAAGAAUAAGAAGUAUAAUAAUGUUUUAUUUUGAAAUAAUAUUAUAUAGCAUAUAAGGGUAUAUGUAAAUAAUUAGUAUAACAAUAUAUAAGACACUCAACUGUAUACUGUAUACGUUGUACGAACGCGCUUAACAAUUAUUUGAAAAGGUUCAAUGUUUGUAACAAAAAACAAAAAAAAAAAACAAAAAAACAGAUUUAUCUAGCUUCAGGGCUCAAGGCUAAACAUCCUCAGUUUCAGUAAAUAAUCUAAAUCUUAAUUUAGUUUUCAAUCCUCGAUAGAGUUUAAUCAUUUAACAUUAUAGCUUUUGUUAAAAAAGAGGUAUGGUAUAUUGAUAAUACAUGCGAUAUUUUCGAAAAGUGAAUAUUAACGUAAUGGGGUUGAAAAUGUCGUAUGUUGAACACAUUAAAUACUUAUUUUGAGUAAAAAAUGUAAGGUUAACUCUGGCAAAAGAUUUAAUUACUAAUGCAAGUUGCUGUAGAGAGCUGUAUGUAAGGAGUGUCUAAUAGCACUUAAUUUUUUUUGAAGUGAAAUCUAUUAACGUUUUCUUUUCUCGAAUUAACCCUACACUGCCUUCUUAUCUCAGGCUUUAUUUUGGUUUAGGGCCUUCGCGUGUUCUUUCUAAAAUGUUUGUGCAACUUCAAAGUGAGCAGUGCGUUACCUAGCCCAUUUUGACAACUUAUAGCAGUAUUACUCAAUACUUUUCUUUUUUCUUUUAUUUGCGAACAUUUUUAUAAUACAGAAUUUUAAUACAAAUUUUUAUUUAGUAUUACAACAUGUAUCUAAAUAGCGCACCACUUCCGUUGCCCUGUGGUUUGAAAAAUCGCCAGGCAAAAGAAGUCCCAUGAUACUAUAUAAGAGUAUUUGAUUUGAAUUGCAGAAACAUUUUUGCGAAAACCGAUUUCCUAAUAUUGUCAACAUAAUGUGAAUUAAUUAUGAAGUAUUUAAUUUGUACAAAUACGCUUAAAAUGUUGCAUUUACCCUGAUUAUUUAAUAUUUUCGUUGCGUCGUGUGUAUGUGUUCAGAAUGAAUUAUUAACCACUUAAGUUUAAAAUGGAUGGUAAAGCAAUCAUACGUACAUACGUACAUACAUAUAUGUACUAAUAUUAAUGCAUGUGUACAAAUGUAUGUACUGAAUGCAAUCAUUGUAAAUCAAUUUGGUUAGAGGAAUAAGUUGUUUUUUUAGUUUUUCCCACGUUCGACUUACAGCUCACAAGUUGGAGCAAAAUGUAUUUUGCAUAAAAAUGUCUGCUUUCUAAAUGGACAAUCUACAUUUAUGAACUCUAAGGCGACCUUAGUUAACACCAGAAAAUAAUUUCUUUUUAAGUUUUUGGUUACAUGAUUACACUUCCUAAUUUCUAAUGAAGAAAUUAAAUUUAGACUGACAGAGUAGGAUAUUUAGUACUCAUAAAAUUACUUUUGGGCAUAAAUCAAAUUUUAUGAACUUGACGAAUUAAAUUGUUUAGUUUUGUAAUAUUAUAUUUCUUUUUUUUCAUAACUUGAUCUCUUUGCUUAGUAAGCUUUUAUUUUAAAUCGUUUUCGGCAAUAGCCGUAAUGCUAAUGAAUUAUGUACAUAAGUGUGUAUAAGUAAAAUUGCAGCAUUGUUGGUGUGAACUCAAUCGUAGUGAACGGUACUAUUCAACUUGAAAGAGAAAACAGCCAAGUUCGAAUACUAGCAACGAAAUUUAAUUUUUCUGCCAGUAUUAAAAUGUACAGCCUGCGUAUGGUAUGGUAGGAGCAAUACGUGUACAGUGUCAGACAAAAAAUUUGCAACUGAAAUAAGUUAAUGCGAAGGACGAAGUGCGAGCCUCCAAUAAAUCUAAUCUAAGUUAAUGCGAAUAUUUUCAUUUGCACAGCAGUUAGCUGGGGGUCUACUCUGUAAUGCGAUGCGUAUAGUACAUAGUAGCGAUACGAAAGCAAAUUGUAUUAAAAAAAAAUGUUGUUUGCAUUCGAAAAAAACUUUGACAAUAAUGUAGUUAAGUUUCUUUCAAACUAUAUUUCUGUAAAAUAUAUAUUUUCAGCGUCAAAAGAAAGUGUGCAUCACAUAUUGAUUAUUUUGCAAUUUAAAUUGUUUUUUAUAAAACUAUAGUUCAUAUUACAACAAGAACCAUAUAAGGCAAUGUUUCGAACCCUGUAUAUAAUUUUAAAAAAUUCGGCAAAUUUUCGUAAAAAUUUCAAACCGUUUACUCACAAUUUCUGAAAAAAAUGCAAGUUUCAAAUAGGUGAAAAUCACACUGAUUUUUGAAAAUUUUUCACGAUCGUGGUAUUCUGCAAUUUCUCCAACUAAACAGAAAAAAUUCUCAAAAAUCUACACGAUUUUUGACCCACUUGAAACCAGCAUUUUAGGUAUUAUACAAAAAUUGAAAGCGCAAUAAAUUGCAUGCUCCAAAUUUUGCUAAAAAUUCUAGGUAAAAAUUUUGAGAUUUUGAUGGAAAUUUGCCGAUUUUUUACAAAAUUUAUACAAAGUUCCAAACUUCGCUUUAUAUCGUCCGCUUUCUGUGUUAAUCUAGUAUCUACAAAAUCAGAAUUUUCAGUAAAUCGAUAAAAAUGUUUAGAGUUACUUAACUGCUAUGAACAGUUAUAACUUAUUUGAUAUGAUACUUAUAGUAGAUAUGAGGUUUUUGAAUUCGAACAUGUAGAUACGAGAAAAGUCGAAACGCUCUGAAAAAAAUCUAUAAUCAUUAUGAACAUUGCAUGUUUUGUUUUACUUAACAGGAGUGCUAAGGAGUGUUUUUCACUAAAAAUCUCAAUUUCGAAAAAAAUGAAGUUACGAGGUUAACACAGAAAGGGGAGUCAUAUCUUGUUGUAGUAUGAAUUAUAUAUAUAUAAUUGGCGCGUACACCCUUUUUUGAUGUUUGGCCGAGCUCCUCCUCCUAUUUGUGGGGUGCGUCUUGAUGUUGUUCCACAAAUGGAGGGACCUACAGUUUCAAGCCGACUCCGAACGGCAGAUAUUUUUUAUGGGGAGCUUGUUCAUGGCAGAAAUACACUCGGAGGUUUGCUAUUGUCUGCCGAGGGGCGACCGCUAUUAGAAAAAACUUUUUCUUAAUUUUGGUGUUUCACCGAGAUUCGAACCUACGUCCUGUGAAUACCGAAUGGUAAUCAUGCACCAACCCAUUCGGCCCAUUUUAUUAUACAAAAUACUAAUCUUCUUUUCACACUAAUACUAAUCUUGUCGUUCACACGGCAGUCGGUUCUACGUUACCGGAACGACCCGGAUUUAUAUACGGCAAAGGACUGUCGGGGUGGAAACUGUCAACUGAAAGCUAAUUUGCCGUACAUGUACGGGAGAUGUUUAUGCUGCCACAAUCGUGCCACAAGCUUGGCUUGGACGCGCUAUCAAAUUGUCAACGAUGUGUAUGAGGUGUAUAUUUCUGCGCGCUUUUUGGGUUCGUAGAAAAAUUGUAUCAGCCUUUGCUACAUUACUGCGAUCAAUUUUCUUUUUUAUUUGAUUUCGCAUAAGUUUUCUAUGAAGUUAAUGUCUGGGGAUUGUAGAAGCCAAUACAUUAUAUCCACUUUAGUGCUCUAGAAAGAAGAUUUUUGGCCUUUGCCGUACACAUCGGGCGCUUGUUGGAAUAUCCCUAUUACUGGCAUUUCCCACCGGCAGGCGAUAACGUUAUAUACUAUAUUUCAUUAUGCUUUUGUAAACAUAAAAAUUUAUCCACUGCAUAGCAUUAUUUUCGAUGAAGCAGCCCCAGACUAGCAGUGGAAAACCAUUCUCGGACAACAUGACGGGAUUUUACGUCCUUAAGGGGUUAUGCGCAGUUAUGAAGCAAAUAAAAGACGGGUUGUCAAGGAUUUAUCUUGAAGAAACUUCAGAAUAUUUUAAUUUGAAAAUUUUUGGGCGUUAUAAAAGCAUCCUUCAAGAACGUAACAAAAUUUU